AAGUGGAGGCUGGUCACCAAUCACUGCGCCAGGUGAAAUGCUUAGCUGUUGGGAUCAUGAAUCCUGCCCCGCUCAAUGUCCUGGAUUCACUCCGUUGCUUACUGUUCCUUUCGUGCUCGAGACUAAUAAAUUCCAACGAUGACCUGCUUUUAUCAUCGGCUCUCCUUGUUUCUGAAUAGCACUUCUGACAACAUAACCUAAUUAACUACACUGCGACCCGAGAAAAAGGUCCUAAAACCAUAGACAGCAUACACCAUCGCAUCUCACCAUGUCCCAAACACCAAACAAGCAAACCUCAAUAUGGAACAAAACAAAAGUCAUCGGCAAGAAAAACUUCGACAAAGCCUGGGAUGCGCUGGACAAACUCGGGCCCCCCGUUAACCGCCUGACGAACAAGCUCGGCUCCGAGGCCUUCUGGCCCAUGACACUAGACAAAGAAAGCGAGAAGGUAGCGCGCAUUCUGCAGAGCUUCUGCAAAGAUGGCGUCUAUGUCGAGGAAUCCAAAGAAAGCACGCCUGCACCGGAAACGAAAGGAGGAAAACAGGCGAUCGACAAGCCGCGAGGGAAGCCGAAAGUGUUGAAGAAGAUCCCGACCGAAGUGAUCCGACAGGCGAAGGGAUUGGCUAUCUUUACGGCCAUGCGAACGGGACUAUGGUUCAGCGGUGCGGGCGGUAGUGGUGUUCUUAUUAGCAGAGUGCCGGAAACCGGUGAAUGGAGUGCGCCGUCGGGGAUCCUGCUGCAUACCGCCGGUUUGGGAUUUCUGGUCGGGGCAGACAUCUACGAUUGUGUGAUGGUGAUCAAUACGUAUGAGGCACUGGAGGCAUUCACGAAGGUCCGGGUUACUCUCGGAAGCGAGAUCAGUGUCGCUGCUGGGCCAGUUGGAAUCGGCGGUGUGCUAGAGUCGGAGGUUCAUAAACGGCGAGCCCCGAUCUGGACCUAUGUCAAGAGCCGAGGAUUUUAUGCGGGUGUGCAGAUUGACGGAACGGUCGUCAUCGAGCGUAUAGAUGAGAACGAACGAUUCUACGGUCGAAAGCUACCCGCUAAGGAAAUUCUGAGUGGCCACGCCUGGGUCGACAAUCCCUCGGUGAAAAUGCUGACGCACACGGUUCGAGCGGCGCAAGGUGAUGUACAGUUUGAGCAGACACCCUCGGGAGUUAACAUGGCAACGGGGCCAAGUCCCAGCGAUCUUCAAUAUGGAGAUCUUGCGGGUACUCAGAUGGCUCAGGUUCAGCCGCCUCCAAAUCAAGGUCCACAGUACAAUGCUGGAUCAGAGUAUAAUACUGGACCACAACCGAAUGCUGGACUGCAGCAUAACCCUGGACCACAGUACAAUGUUGGAUCAGACUACAAUGAUGGGCCACAAUUCAAUCCUGGACCACCAUUCAACGCUGGAUCGCAUCAUCAUGUGGGACCGCAACCCAAUGCUGGAUCACAGUACAAUGCUGGCCCAGAGUAUAAUGUUGGAUCGCAGUAUAAUGCUGGACCACAACCCAAUGCUGGGCCACAAUCCAAUGCUGGAACACAUCCUAAUACUGGAUCGGAGUACAACCCUGGACCGCAACUCAAUCCUGGCCCAGGGUACAAUACUGGGCAACAGUCCAAUGCUUGGCCACAGCAGAACCCUGGAUCACAGUACAAUGCUGGAGCACAAUCUAAUGCUGGGCCACCAUACAAUACCGGACAAGCUGGGCCUGCUAGAUACUAUUGAUUGCUAUAUUAGAAGGUGCUUAAGUUACUGUGAAUGCAUACUCGGAGUCCUGUUUUUUAUGAGACUUAGCUAUUAGUACAAUUGCGUACCCGGCCAAGGAGACAUACCUGUAGCAUAUCUGAGAACCCUAUAUUCGUAUUACUUUUUUUUUUUGCUUAAUGCGUUGAUAUAUGGUUUCUCUCAUGAAGAUGCCGCGACCGGAGGAACUCGAUGUGAUUGUAGACUGCCCUCAUUGGCAAGCAUAUCCACAGAUAGACAUAGCUAUAGCACACAACUGAACUUCGGGGGCAAAUGUGAGGAUAGUAAAUAAUAUAAACUGCACCUGAAAAUCACAAAUUCAUCCAUACUAUAUCAUGUCCCUGCUCC